ACCAGUGCCCGUCAUCUGCUGCUGCUGGCGCUUGCUGCUCCUGCUCCUGCUCCUGCUGCUUGCUGCUCAAUAAUUGGCGUCUAUAGAAAUUGUCGCAAGCAACGACCCAUGGCCACCUGAAAACCCGCUCGUUGUUCCCAUUCGUUAUCCAGAGUGUAACGCAUUCCUCUUCACUCUCCGGGCCUCACGCAACUGCUACAAUUGCGAUCCCUGACCGCGAUCCUUCCUCGUUGAGUAGAAUUUAGACAAGCCCUUCGAUUCACGCCAGAACGUCUUUGAGUUACUCCAUGGUCGAUCUCCUUCGCUCCUCUUCCUCUCACAGGUGCUCCCCUGCAUCCUCAGGCGCCUUCUCUUUCCACCGCACACCACCGAGUAAUACCGGCCCGGACGACGUCACUCCAACGCUAACGUGCUACCUCCGACGCCACUCGCAAGACAACGCGUGGAAAAACCCGUCGCAUCAACCGUCGCAUCAGCCGUCGCAGUCAUCGCAAAUGGAUCGCACGGCAGUCGCAGUCGCACGCGCGCCGAUCGCGGCGACGUCUCUCCGCUCGCCUUCGCCCCACUCCCCGUCUCUCAAAGCCAAGACGGUUAAGACGGCCGACCUAUCCGCUGCCGAUUUCCUCCAGCUGCUCAGUCCGAGCGUCGCAAUCUCCACCCUUGGAUCGAACCCCGCCGCUUCACGAGGGCCGUACUCGUGUCGCAAGUGCGAGCUGCGACACCCCUCGCUGCACGCGCUCAAUCUCCACUACAAGAGCGUCCACGCGUCGCCGGCCGUCGCCAGCUUAGCCACAAGGGAAGGGAACCCUGCGCCAGCGACGGUAACGACGGCGACGGCGGCGACGAAGACGGCGAAAGCCAGCGCUUUGAAAGCUACAGCCAUGCGAUUGGCGAAACGGGAAUCCAGCGCCACUGGUGGCGCGAAUCACUCGAACCUUAUCGAGGCGCUCGAAGCGCGUAAGAGGAUCAUCAAGAAAGAGGUAGCGGCGGCGGAAGCAGGAGCGCCGCUGACGGGGAAGCAACGGGGCGGAAAGCGCAGUCGCGUCUGUCGAAGCGUGAAGGCCGCUGGAGCUUUCUCGUAUGCCGUCAGCCCUGCCUCUCACGCCGCGAAGCGAGUCGCGCGGCGAUUCGACGCGCUGCUCGACGCCGCAACUGCCGCCGGCGACUGCGCUCAAGCGCCGUUAAAAUCGUCAUCCGGUGCGCUCCAGGCGCGUGUGAGCGGUACGGUCGAGCCGCAUGUCACCAGCGCCGUCGAGACUGCUGUCGACGCAGCAGCAGCUCUGGUGCAGCUUAAAUCGCCAAGCAGCGGAUCAGCUCCCUCCUCCCCCUCUCCCUCCUCUCCCUCUCCUUCCUCUCCUUCCUUCUCCUCUACCCCUCCCUCCCCCGCGUCUCUCGCCUCGACUAUUUCCCCCGGGGCUUCCGCCCCAGUCCACAGCUCCCCCGUCCCCCCGAGUUCUCCUCCUACUGCCGCCGCCGCUCCCGGCGGCGCAGCGUUAGCGCGCCCUCCGUCCCUCCUGUGCCUACCGCAAUUGCCGGUCAAGCCUUCCGUCACGUCGGUCGUCAAGCCAACCGGCCACGCGAGAGUUAGGACGAAACCUGCCGUCAAGAAGCCAACUGUUUUGCGUGUGACGUCAUCCCCGUCCCCUGCCACGUCCGCAGUCACAGGAACAUGCCGUCGUGCUGCAGCCGCGUCUCCCGCUCAGUUCUCCGCUUCCGCGCUACCCGCGCGGACCGAGUGUUCCUCUCCCGCGCAACCGGAGCAGUUCGCGCGCUCCUCUCCCGCGCAAUCGUUGAAUUCCUCCGUUGCGCCGCUCGCGCUUCAGCUGUCAGCCGCCGCGGAGGCCCUCCGAGCCUCUGCUUCGGCAACCAAGCCUGCAGGCUUGGCAGCAGCAGCGGCGGCAGGUGGAGGUUCGGGGAGUGGGUGCACAGCAGCGGGAGGGGAGGAGAACUCGAUAAGGAGCACCCUGAUUGCUGUUCUGCUGGACCGGUUGAGCCAGUUGGCAACUUUGUUACCACAGACGCCGGCCUCUAAGGCUCAGAUGCAACAGAUGCAGCAGCAGCAGCAGCAGCAGCAGCAGCAGCAGCAGCAGCACGAGCCGACGAUGCAGCUCCUGAAGGGACAAUCAGCACAGGAACAACUAUCGUCGCAUUUUAAACAAGCGGAAAACCUUAUUCUGCUUCAGCCGCUAGGCUUUGCUGGUCUUUCUACCGAGAACCGUGCCGAACAUUGCGCCGAGAAUAGCUGUGGGGGAGACUGUAACAUGAGAGACGCUACUAGCUGUUCGGGUUUGUUCCCCUCCUCGGGGAGCGUGGCUGGCGGCAAUCUCGAGGGCCACAGUGCUGCUCGCAAUUAUGGAAUAGACCUGGAGCUACACCUAUGAUGCAUACAUUAGCAGAAUAGAAAUCGAUGUACAUUGGCUAGUACCAGUAGCUGAAAUUGUUAGUUCAACUCUACAGACAGAUUGAAGUCAGAAAGAUAGGUACUUCAGCUGUUCUCUUGAAUCAACUGGAUACGGUAUG